AUGUACGGCACAUGCGUCCUAUCACACGUGCACUUGUCUCCACCUGUAACAAAUCAACAGGUUUGGAGUAUCGGCUGCACCAUUGCGGAGAUCGCUACAGGCCGGCCCUUGUUCCCAGGAGAGUCCUCCAUGGACCAGCUGUGGCGCAUUCUCAGGUGCUUGGGUCCCUUACCGCCGCGACUAGCUUCCAUCGCCGCGGUGAACCCGGCAGUGCGAUGCUUUGUGGUCGCCCCGCCAACCGUACAUAGGGCCCUCCGCCAACGCCUCCCAGAGCUAGAUUCAAGACUCUUUCACCUGAUAGAGGCCUGCUUGUGCCUGGAGCCCCUGCAGCGCCCAACGGUGCGUGACCUUCUACAAUUUCCGUACUUUUGGGACGUGGCGCGGCAAAUGGCAGGCACCCGUGCAGAGGCAGCGCUGCGGGAUCUAGCGGCAGCGGCGGACGCGGCAGCAGUACUGCCGCCGCCGCCGCCGCCGCCGCCGAAAGUCGUCGCUGGCACCUAUAGCCGCAGCGAGCCCCUAGCCGCGGCAACAGCGGCGGUUGGGCCACUGCAACCGCCACCGCUGCAAGAUUCGUCUUUCAAAGUUGACGCCGCCGCCGUCGCCUGCGCCACGGCGGCACCUGCACAGCCGUACGGCAAUUGCGCUGAAGAGAGCUUUAAGGAGGUGUUAGAGCCUCACUGCUGCGACGGCCCGACAAAAAAAGCAUCUCCACUGCAGGCAUACCAGCCGCGGAGGCUGGUGGUGCAGGCGCAACAAGAGCUGGGGAUGCCGGUAGUCAGGCCACCGGCGGGGGUGGCAGAGCGGAAGGCAGAGGCCCAGCCGCCAUCAAACGCGGCGGGAACACGACAACUCAUGGAGCCGCCCAGCAGCACCAAUACCAACAUCAGCAACAACACCAGCACCAGCGCCAGCAACAACACCAGCACCAACAUCAGCAAAAACAUCAGCACCAACACCAACACCAACACCAGCACCAGCACCAGCGGCACUAACACCAGCAACAACAUCAGCAACAACACCAGCAUUAGCAGCACCAACACCAACACCAACACCAACACCAACACCAACACCAUCACCAACACCAACACCAUCACCAACACGAACACGAACACGAACACGAACACGAACACCAGCAACGACAACAACAACACCACCACCAACACCAACACUAAUACCAACACUAAUACCAAGCCAUCUCAAAGUUCACAGUAUGCGGAUCUCACCCCAGCGACGUGUAGGAGCGCCUCAGCAACUACAACUGUGCUGCCGUACACAAGCCCGGCCGUUAUGUACAGCGCUGCAGUACCGGUCGCCGUUCAGAGUAUACCAGCUACUCCCGGCUCCGCCGAAAGUGCUACAGCCACGAGCAGCUGGCCCCCGAUGCCACCACGGAAGGUGACCAGCGAGUCCGACGCAGUGUGCGCAUGUAGUACGACGAGCAGUACGACACCCGAGAGCGCCAGCAGCGCAAGUAUUGGUGAUGGGGAUGUCCCGGGAGAAGGUCUUGAAGUACGGCAAACGGAGCAGGAUGCGACGGACGAUGCGGGCGGCGGGAACGGUCGCGGAAGCGGCGGCGGCGGCGGCGGCGGCAAUCGCCACAGCAGCACUAGCUUGCCACCGUACAUCCGCGAAAGCUUAGAGCCUGCCAAUGACCUUUCCGUGGAAGGCGCCGCCAUUUGCAACGGCACCAGUCACCUCUUCCGUGCAGCACUGUCCAGCACAGACAUCACGCCGCCUCCUUGUGCUGGGCAAUUCACAAUCAUUAACGGAGGACCCUGUGGCGGCGGCGGCGGCGGCGGUGGCGGCGGCGGCGACGCUGCCGCCGCGCAGCGUGCAUCCGCCUUGCAUGGACAAGGCAUUCCGCUAGUGAAUACAAUGUACGACAAAGCUGUCGCCACCGACAUUGACGCGGUCCCAUCGCAAGCUGAUGACGCCGCCGCCGCAGCCGCGCCGGACGUCAGCACGGCUUCCGCUGCGGCGGGCAUGGCACGCCAGAAACCCACCGUUGUCACCACCGCCAGCAAUGCCCUCUUGUCAACUUCGUUCUUCACUGAGCCAGAGUGGAGCUUGCGGGCCGCUGCCACCGAUCUGCUGGCCUGCGCCUCACCAACGAUGGUCCGCGAUACCAGCCUAACCUCCACGCCCACCUUCCACAGCCUUAGGCGCUUCUUGGUGAGUACGGCACAAAGCGGAUUCUGGGAAGAGGCGUCGACACCCGCGGGAUUGCCGCCGCCGCCGCCGCCGGCGGCGGCGCAGGCGCUGCGGCCGCAGGCGCCCGAGCUGCCGCCGCCGCUGCACCUCCGUCCUCGGGGCAGAGGUGCUGUUACGCCCUCCGCAGAUUUGACCGCUGCUGCUGGCGGCGGUGCUGGUGAUCGGUACGGCAACCCUGACGGACAACCGAGAUUGGUGCGCGCGUGUACUACUAUCACUACUCCAGAAUGGGGAAGUGUAUGCCCGACACUGCUUGAAGCGGAGGAGGGAGCCGUCUGUGGAAGCGAUGCAAGCCGCGCGAGCAGCGGCUGCGUUGGCGUUGGUGGCGGACGUGUUAUCAGCGUCCGUCGGCAGGUACUUCAGUCAGAAGGAAGCACAGUGGUGCCACAGCGGGCCCGCAGCCGUUUUGGCCGCGGCCUACGCCUAACUGCCGCCAAGUUGCUCCGGCUUUGGGGCCGUAGCAGUAACGCUGCGACAACAGCGAAGCUGGCGGAGGACGCGGCGGACACGAGGACGGUGGCGGAAGUAAUCCAGGGUGGGCAGCAACAGCAGCAGCUGCAGGAGGAGGAGCUAGAGCGUCCGUCGGCGCCUAGCAAUGGCUCGGUAGAUCCCGCCGCUGGCGGCUCUCCCAAAUUAUUAGCGACCGCGGCGUGCGGAAGUCCCAAGGCCCGUCUCGCGCCGACCUCUGCUCUUGCUGAUACCUCUACCGCCUGCAUGCACAAGAGCAAGACUGCAAGCUUACCUGGUCCGCUACCUGCUGUACAUGUGGAACCUGACCCGCAAACGACCCGCGGGUCUGUAGUAACCCCGGCAGGAUUGUACGGAAGGAGCUCCAUCCGUGCGGGCUCCUCAAGCAUUGACUUCGCCAAUAAAGCUGCAAUAAUCCAUCCGGAAUCUGGCGCCGCCGCAGGCAGUAGCAGCAGCAUUUACCACAACACUGUACGGCAAGUUGCAGUAGCAGGUAACAGCGGCAGUUUAUCACUAUUGCCUCAGCCUGCGUCGGUUUUCGCACCGGCAGUGGCGGAGGCAGCAGCAGAGGCGACGGCGGUCACCAUUUUCCGUCUUAGCAACACCACUGUUGUUGGUAGCAACGGACUCCCGGGAAGCGAUUUCGCAGCGAACGACGGCGGCGCCGCCGCCGGCGCGGCACUGUCUGCAGCCAUGCUGCCGGACGAUUCUGCUUUGGAAGUUACAGUUUCAGCAACGAUAAUAACUGCUGUCGCCGUCAACAAAAGUGCGAAGACAAAGGCCGGCAACAAAACCUCUCGCAUUUCGUUUUCGCGACUGGCGGCCAUAUUCGGUUUUGGUCACGUGGCUCCAGCGGAAAGCAUCGCUUGA